AUGUCCAUUGAUGCCACGCCUUACAACGAUCCAAGCUAUUUCAAGGUGUCCUUGCAGAGUCCCAUGGUUGUAGGUGUUGCGGGUGGUGCUGACGCAGGAAAGCGAGAUGUUUGUCAAUUGGUGAUGGAUCACUUGAGCCAAAAGUAUUCCACAAAGACGGCUCUCAUUAGCCUCACAGACUUUUAUCGUGAGCUCACCGAUCAAGAACGCGCACAAUACAAGGCUGGGAAAUACAACCUGGAUCAUCCAACUGCCUUUGAUUUCGACCUCUUGCAUGAUACCAUCACCUCUUUAUUAUCGGGAAAACCCACCAACGUUCCUGUAUGGGAUUCAAUUCAUCACACAAAAGUCGGAACACGUUUGGUUGAACCAGUGGAUGUCAUCUUACUCGAAGGCACCCUCGUAUUAUACUCAAAACCAAUCCGGGAGCUCAUGUUCACCAAGAUCUUUCUUGACGUCGAUAGCGAUCAACGCUUGACAAAUAGAGUGUCCAAGACAAACGUGCGGAAUGGUCAAGAAAUGUCGAUCAAGGAGGUCCUUACCGAAUAUGUCGAUUUUGUUAAACCCAUGUUUGAAGAUUUCAUUUGGCCAACCAAAAAGUUUGCUGACAUCAUCAUACCAAGAGGUGCAGAGAAUAAGGCUGCUCUUCAAGUCCUCGGCAAUCAUCUGGAAGAUCAUCUCAAGAAACGAUCCAAUGCGAAUGAUAACAACGUACAACAACCACCAACAUGGUCCCGUGGUCAUCAUCCAGAAGAUGAAAGUGUCGAUGUAUUUGCAACCACUGCAGCUAGCUCAUACAAACAGAUUCCCGAAUAA